CGGCAACACAGAUCCUCCUCCAAGCAUCAGGACGCGGCGGGCGCCAUUUCAGGGAGCAGUCGCCUUUGCUAAAGCGGAGUCCGUGCGUUCUUGUUGCGAAACUUCCUUGGCUUUCCUCGUACUAAUUUUCGAGGCCAGGUCUAGCUCUUUGCCCGCCACUGUUGCUGAGAGGAGAAUUUUCUCGUUUAGGGGCCAGUGCCCCCCUCCCCACGCGUAUCCAGAACCAGAGCAAGCAAACGACGGCAGUGGCUGUAUCCCUCCGCCUCACAGACACCUGAGCCAGAAGCGAGAGCCCGGCAGCGCAGGUGUCCUGAAAAAAUGGCUGAUGAUAUUGAUAUUGAAGCAAUGCUUGAAGCCCCCUUUAAGAAGACUUGCCUAACGAUAUCUCACCUCUACUCCCAUGAAUUCACCUUUGAUUCCAGUGUGAACUGUCAAUCAUAAGGUAGUAAUUGAGUGACGUAUCGCUGUACCGUGGUCCCCCUAGGUAAAACAACAAACAAACAAACAAAAACACUCUCCUAAAAACUACCACCUCAAUUUUGAUAGAUCAACAAGGUGAAUGCAAUGGUUUGGGCAAACAGCAGGGUUCCAAGAAUAACCUGUUCCCUAAGUUCAUGACAAGCAAAUCCUUAGUCUACUUAUUAAUGCAAGAAGAGUUUCAGCUUUUUUUUUUUUAAAGACGGGUUAUUAAUUUUUUUAACAACACAAGAUGGUAAAGUGUUAUGUGAAAGUUGUUUCCAAAAUUCUUGGAUCCCUGAAUAGUUCACAUAUUAGUAAACAUGAAAGAUAUUUCAAACUACGUUCAUUGUGAAAGAGUACUCUUUUAUCUAGUAACUUUUUAGAAAUCUUUAAUAUACCUUUUCUGUGCUUCUGAGUACUGAAUACCUAGCUUCAGAUCUAAACAGGUAGCAAAUAUAUUUAGUUUUUCACCAGAUCUUCAUAAAACUAUGAAAUUAUGCAUGCAGUAGCACUGGCUUCACAAACUGAUAUAUACAUAUACAUUUAAAACUUAAUGUGCAGUUGAACUCAUGGUGUAACUGGUGUGAUAACUACAAUAAACAUAACAGCAACUGUUAGUUGAUUUUGGAGUAUAUAUAGUGCAGCUCUGCGGUAUGAAUUUUGGAAAAGUGUUUGUAACCUUUUAAAUGUUCAUGGUUUAGUUUUAUAUAAUUAGUAGCUAUGUAAAAUUUUGAAAUGAACAUAAUUUGUAAUGUUAAGUAUGUUGUGUGCUAGUUUAACAUGGAUAUUUUCCAUGUAAACAGGUUUGGAAAUAGGGAAUAUUUAGGCUGGACUGGUUGGAUUUUUGAUGAAUGACUUGGGAGUCGACAUUACUAAAGCAGUGUGAAUCCCUGUUUGCUUCAGGGCGAGAUGUGUGACAGAGGUGGCAUCAAGCUCUUACAGUCCCAACCCUCCAACGAAAAUGGGCGAAGAUCUCAGGAAUGGCAUCGGUCACAGGAAAUCGAUAGUGGCUGGCUGCUAGCAUGGCCACUUGGGGCUUAGGCAGAAAUAUAGCCUUGGAUGAGAACAAAUUGAGCAGUGCCAAUGGACAUGAAGAGCGAAGUAAGAAGAGGAAAAAAAGCAAGAGCAGAAGUCGUAGUCAUGAUAGGAAGAGGAGCCGAAGCAAGGAUCGCAAACGAAGCCGUGAACGUGAAAGAAAGAAAAGCAAGAGUCGAGAAAGAAAGCGCAGUAGAAGUAAAGAACGGAGACGCAGCCGUUCAAGAAGCAGAGAACGUCGAUUCAGAGGCCGUUACAGAAGUCCCUAUUCUGGUCCCAAGUUCAAUAGUGCCAUGAGAGGAAAAAUUGGCUUGCCGCACAGCAUGAAAAUAAGCAGACGACGAUCUAGGAGCAAAAGUCCUUUCAGAAAAGACAAGAGUCCUGUAAGAGAGCCUAUUGAUAAUCUUACUCCAGAGGAACGGGAUGCUAGAACAGUAUUCUGUAUGCAGCUUGCUGCAAGAAUUAGGCCAAGAGACCUGGAAGAAUUUUUCUCUACUGUAGGAAAGGUCCGUGACGUACGCAUGAUAUCAGAUAGAAACUCAAGACGUUCAAAGGGAAUUGCUUAUGUAGAAUUUGUUGAUGUCAGUUCAGUUCCUUUGGCCAUUGGAUUAACUGGACAGCGAGUGUUGGGAGUGCCAAUUAUUGUACAAGCAUCUCAGGCAGAGAAAAAUAGAGCAGCAGCAAUGGCUAAUAACUUACAAAAAGGCAGUGCAGGCCCCAUGAGACUCUACGUAGGCUCAUUACACUUCAAUAUAACUGAAGAUAUGCUUCGUGGAAUCUUUGAACCAUUUGGCCGGAUUGAAAGCAUUCAGCUAAUGAUGGACAGUGAAACUGGGAGGUCCAAAGGAUAUGGAUUUAUUACUUUUUCAGAUUCAGAAUGUGCUAAAAAGGCCUUGGAACAACUAAAUGGAUUUGAACUGGCUGGCAGGCCAAUGAAAGUAGGUCAUGUGACCGAACGUACAGAUGCAUCCAGUGCCAGUUCAUUUUUGGACAGUGAUGAAUUGGAAAGGACUGGAAUUGAUUUGGGAACAACUGGUCGUCUUCAGUUGAUGGCAAGACUUGCUGAGGGUACUGGUUUGCAGAUUCCUCCAGCUGCCCAGCAAGCUCUGCAGAUGAGUGGAUCAUUAGCAUUUAGUGCUGUGGCAGAUUUACAGACAAGACUUUCUCAGCAAAGUGAAGUCUUGGCUGCAGCUGCUUCUGUACAACCACUUGCAACACAAUGCUUUCAGCUAUCCAAUAUGUUUAACCCUCAAACUGAAGAAGAAGCUGGCUGGGAUACAGAAAUUAAAGAUGAUGUGAUUGAAGAAUGUAACAAACAUGGAGGUGUUGUCCAUAUUUAUGUAGACAAAAAUUCAACUCAGGGCAAUGUGUAUGUCAAAUGCCCUUCAAUAGCUGCAGCAAUUGCAGCUGUCAAUGCAUUACAUGGAAGGUGGUUUGCAGGUAAAAUGAUCACAGCAGCAUAUGUUCCUCUUCCAACAUACCAUAAUCUUUUCCCAGAUUCUAUGACUGCAACUCAGCUCUUGGUUCCUACUCGACGAUGAAGAUGGAUUGAGUCAGUUUUGUACAUAGCUAUUUUUGAAGGAAGACUUGAGUUACCUUUAUUUAGAUGAAAACAAAAGGAAAAAGAUGUAAAGUCCUUUUGUGUACAUUUCCUGUUACCUUUAAAGAAAUAUAUAUAAUAAGCAGGAAUGCUGUGUUUAUUCUCUUGAUUAGCAUUCCCACUGUAAACAAAGCUGACUACUUGUUCUGCCUUGUAAUUCUUGUACAUUUAGACUUUUGGCUAAAGUAUGGUGUAGGAACAGACAUAGGUUAUAGAAAAGAUUUUUCUGUAAAAGAUGGAGAGGACAUUUUUAAUGUUUUGCAAGCCUUUCUUUUAAUGCAGAAAUUGCAUUUUACAUUCAUUUAAAUGUAGAUGCUCUGCUAAAGGUUAAUAUCAGAUUUAACUGGACAUAUUUAGUGUGUUUUGUAUGGAUUGGAAAUUGAAGAGGCUACUGAAUGAUUUUCAGUCAUCUGAUCUGCUCACAUAAUGUUGACCAGCUGGUAAAAUUGAGAGGAUUAGAGGAUUUUAUUUCUAGAUGGUAACUUUUGAUUGUCUCUGUAAAAGUUUCUUGUAAAUAAGGUGUAAGGUGUGUUUAGAAUUCCAAACAAAGCUAUCUCUGCAUUUCCAGAUUAAAGUUCCAAUGAUUGCAGGGAAUGUACUUAAUUAAAAGUUGAAGUAGGAAAUGCAGGAAUAUAUUUUGUCUGGUUGCAUAUAAUCUGCUCUUUUUUAAGCUCUGUGAGCUCUGAAAUAUAUUUUUGGGUUACUUCAGUGUGUUUGACAAAACAGCUUAAUAUUUCUAUCAACAAACAACUUUCAUAUUGCAACAAUCUUUGUAAGAACCACUCAAAUAAAAUUCUCUUAAAAGGC